CAGCUCACAUCAGCAGUACUGUAUUAGGAGGUCCAAAGAAAACAAGGUGCAGGCAGGCAGCAAAGGGCUUCCAAGCACACUUCGUUUGGGUUUAAAAGUACUGCAAAGAAGCACCAACUAUUUCUACCAUCUUACAAAAAGUCUGACAAAAAUAAUGCCUGCUGUAAAACCAGAAGCCUUUAAAAGCAUCAGUACGAAUCCUGGACUGCAGAUAUGGACAAUAGAGAAAAUGGCAUUGGUCCCAGUUCCAGAAAAAGCCCAUGGGUCAUUUUUUGAAGGAGAUUGCUACAUCAUUCUAUAUAAUCAGAAGACUUCGACAGGUGUCUCAUCAAACAUCCACUAUUGGAUCGGUAAGGAGUCGUCUCAGGAUGAACAGGGAGCAGCUGCAGCAUAUGUUACCCAAAUGGAUGACUUCCUUGGUGGCAGUCCCAUUCAGCGACGUGAAGUGCAGGGAAGUGAAUCCGAGACAUUCCGGAGCUACUUCAAGUGUGGAAUAGUCUACAAAAAAGGAGGUACGGCAUCAGGUUUCCGUCAUGUGGACACAAACAUGUACAGUAUCAGACGUGUCCUUCAUGUCAAGGGAAAGAAGCAGGUGUCAGCUACAGAGGUUGAUGUUUCCUGGAAUUCUUUCAACAAAGGAGAUGUCUUCCUACUGGACAUGGGGAAAGUGAUCAUACAGUGGAAUGGACAUCAGAGUAGUCGAGCUGAGAGACUAAAGGGAGUACAGCUGGCACAAGACAUUAGAGAUCGUGAGAGAGGUGGCAGAACUCAAAUCGGUAUUGUGGAUGGAGAAAAUGAGAGUAGCUCCCCAGAGCUAAUGCAGAUUCUUACAGCAGUGUUAGGUGAACGGCGAGUACAGCUGAAGGAGCCAACCCCAGAUGAACAAGCAGACCAGCUUCAGAAAGCAAACAUCCGUCUGUACCAUGUUUCAGACAGUGAUGGAAACCUUGUUGUUCAGGAAAUAGCCACAAGACCCUUAACACAAGAUCUUCUUAAACAUGAGGACUGCUAUAUUUUGGACCAGGGUGGUUUCAGGAUUUUUGUGUGGAAAGGGAAACAAUCCAGUAAUGAAGAAAAGUGUGCAGCUCUCAGCAGAGCUGUGGGAUUUAUCAAAGCCAAGGGUUACCCUGCCACAACUAAUGUUGAGGUAGUGAACGAUGGUGCCGAGUCUGCUCUUUUUAAACAGCUUUUCAAGAAAUGGGUCACCAAAGAUCAGACACAAGGGCUUGGUAAAACAUACUCUGUGGGCAAAAUUGCCAAGGUAGAGCAAGUGAAGUUUGACACUAACCAGCUGCAUGCCAGACCUGAACUCGCGGCUCAGCAGAGAAUGGUCGAUGAUGCAUCUGGUACUGUUCAGGUAUGGAGGAUUGAGAAUUUGGAACUAAAAGAAGUAGAACCCCGAUACCAUGGACAGUUCUAUGGAGGAGACUGUUACCUGGUGUUGUACACCUAUGCAAAGGCAGGCAAGCCUCAGUACAUUCUCUACAUCUGGCAAGGUCGCCAUGCUUCUCAGGAUGAAGUCGCUGCUUCGGCGUACCAAGCCGUGGAGUUAGAUAAGAAGUACGGGGAUCAACCAGUCCAAGUCCGUGUGACAAUGGGAAAAGAACCACCACAUUUUCAGGCAAUCUUUAAGGGGAAACUUAUCAUUUAUGAGGGAGGAACUAGUCGGGCUGAUAAGAAAAAUGUGCAGCAAGAGCCCCCUGUGAGAUUGUUCCAGGUCCGGGGUACCAACGAAUACAAUACCAAAAGUACCGAAGUUGCAGCCCGUGCCUCUUCUCUGAACUCAAAUGAUGUAUUUGUGCUGAAGACAGAGCAAGUCUGUUAUCUUUGGUGUGGAAAAGGAUGCAGUGGUGAUGAGCGUGAAAUGGCAAAAACUGUUGCCGGUAUCAUCUCAAAGAGGGAUAAGACCACAAUCCUGGAGGGCCAAGAGCCAGCAGAUUUCUGGGUAGCCUUAGGAGGAAAGGCACCAUAUGCUAGUGACAAAAGGUUUCAGGAAGAUGAGCCCACUUAUCAACCACGCCUUUUUGAAUGCUCCAAUCAGACUGGAAGGUUUAUAAUGACAGAAAUAGCAGAAUUUACACAAGAAGACCUUGAUGAGGAUGAUGUAAUGCUCCUUGACACCUGGGAGGAGAUUUUCCUUUGGAUUGGUAAAUCAGCCAAUGAAUAUGAAAAGAGUGAGUCUGUCAUAGCAGCCAAGGAGUAUCUGCAGACACACCCAGCUGGUCGAGAUUUGGGAACACCAGUCGUGAUAGUGAAACAAGGUUCUGAGCCACCCACCUUCACUGGUUGGUUCAAUGCUUGGGAUCCACAUAAGGAACCAUCUCGUACCUAUGAAGACAUAAAGAAAAGUAUGGGUGAUGUUUCGGCCAUCUCACAGAUUACAGUGGAUCUGCAUAAUACCAAUUUGAAUAAAAACAACUCAGUCUCAGUUGCUCCUGGGGGGCCUGUUAGUCCUGGUGCUCCAGGUGGGCCUGGCACUCCAAACGUAGCUGUCUAUAAACCUCAUCGACAGACCAGUCAGGAAGGACGUAAUGGAAAAAUGCGUGAUGGAAUAGUAUUUAACUCUGGAAAAACAGUUCCUGAUGGAAAAGUAGUGACCCCAGAUGUAAAACCAGUUCCUGAUGUAAAACUUCCAGAAACAAAAGUAUAUGAUGCAAAAGGUCCCUUUCCUAGAGAACAGCUUGUUGGCAAAACUGUGGAUGAAUUACCAGAAGGUGUAGACCCCUCAAGAAAGGAGGCAUAUCUUUCUGAUGAGGACUUCUCUGACAUCUUCCAAAUGUCCAGGAUGCAAUUUCAAGGUUUACCUAAGUGGAAACAACAGAAUAUUAAAAAACAACAUGGACUUUUCUGAGAGAAGAUAAUCAUUCCCCAUGAGAACAGAUUAAUCCCUAAAUCAGACAUGCUGCUUUGUGAAAUAUUCCACAGCUCAGGGCCAUAUAGGCACAGUGCAGAAGCUUCACAUCUGGUUUCCAUUGAUGAUUUUUUUCACAGUAGAGUGUAAAUAUGCAUUUUAUCACAAUAGAUUUUUAUAAAGUGGACAGUGAAAAACAAACUGUAUUUAGCAACUACACAAAUUAUUGAAACUUGUAUCAGGCCAUGCACAGAACAAUAUUUUAAUGCCAAUUAUACAUGUAUUGCCAACAACAUGGUGUUUUAGGUUUGCUAAUAGUUUAACUAGGAUGUAUUUGUUACAAAACUUGUCAUUUUUUGUGAUGGUUGUAAUUGAAAGGGUUUACCUCUUAAGUAUUGUAUAUUUAUAUUGCAUAUAAAACUGCAACCUGAUGUUUCUUGAAAGCAAAUAAUAAAUAAAGAACAAAUGAUUUUA